ACGAUAGUGAAAUACCAAAACAACCAUAAUUAUACAUCUGAGGUAUUUUAAAAAUAAAGCAUAUUUAAAGCGCAAAAUGAUAGUCAGGAGCUAAGUACAAUACCUAAAAUGAACAAAUACAAGGCUAUAGAGUUAGAUUCCGAUUCGAGUGAGGUUGAUGAGACUAUGGGUCCGAAACGUUGUAAGACACCUCCUAAGGAUACCGGCUUAAAAUCUAAUACAAGUAACGAGCAAACUCCUAAAACUGUAAGGAUCUCCAAAACUGAACCUGAAUCAGCUGUUUCGGGUUCCGAUUCUACAUCUCCGUCCUCCUCGGAUAAGACAAACACAUCGCCCAGCUCUACGGCAGACGCGACUGGUAAAACAGGACGGAACAGAGCGAGAAAGAGUCAACAUGGCGCUAGGCGCAUUAGUCCUGACCUUCUGUUCGAGUCUGUUGCAUUGGAGGAUGGUGAGGAAGGGGGCCAGUCCAAAGCCCCUAAGAAAGUGAAAUAUGAGAAGGAAUCUACGGACUCACAGGUAAAGGUUAGCACAGCCAUUAGUAAUUUAUUAAAGAGACCCGAGAUGCAAGAAGUCAUUAAGCGAAUCGCAAACGAGCGGGUGCGCUGCAAUUUUAUGCUGGCCACCUACCAAUUGCCGGACAUGAACUUCGCCCUCAACACACCAAUGGAUACGCUCCACAUGCAGUUCCGGGAGCGUCUCAAGCAGCGCCGGGAUAGGGGAAAUGCCAUUUCUACUUCUGCUGCUGCUGCUUCGACCGCCAUCAGCCAGAAAAAAUCCUCCAAGGGAGUUGUAAAAACCCAAAAGCCUCAGCCUUGAAUCAGAUAUUAAACUGUGAAUAGUUUAAGUAAUCUGUAAAAUAAUACUGUAUGAAUAAAAACAUUUACAUUUAUUAAGAGA